AUGGUUACUUUAUUAUUUUUAUUUGUUUUAGUUAGCAAAUUGCUGCAAACGUAUUCACUGAUAAAAAGAGUCUCUUAUAUUAGAGAAUUAUUAAAUAAUAUGAAAAUUAUUAAAUUUUAUUCAUGGGAAACUCCAUAUGAAAAAAAUAUCAAAUAUGUAAGAAAAAAGGAAACAGAAAAGAUUAUAAAAAUGGAAUUGAUUAAGAGCUGUAUAUUUUCCAUUUCUGGAUCUUCCCCAAAAUUUUGUUCAUUAUUGACAUUUUUAUCAUUAUACAAAAUUAAUAAUGGCUGGAAAAAUGCGGGUAGUAUGUUUUCAUCUGUUUCAUUAUUCGAAGUAUUGGGUUUAUCAGGUAUUCUUAUUCCAAUGUGUAUUGGAGUUGGAAUUGAUAUGAUUAUUUGUUUGGAUCGUUUUCAACAAUUUUUAGAAGCAGAUGAAAAUCAUAACGAUUUUUUACUUGAAACCAUGCCUUCUAAUACUUUUGAUACUAGGCUUUCAAUUAAGUUUAACAAUGCUUCUUUUGAAUGGGAAACUUUUGAAGAUGAUAUAAUAAAAGAUGAAAAUAAUAUAAAUCAAAUACUAGAAAAUAAAACUAAUAACUGUCACUUUAAUGGUUUCAAUAAUUUAAAUUUUUCCAUAAANGGUGAAUUUAUUAUCAUAACUGGACCAAUUGGUACAGGUAAAACUUCAUUGCUAUACGCUAUGUCAGGGUUAAUGAAGAAAUUAGAAGGUACCAUCGAAAUCGAUGGUAAUUUACAAUUAUGUGGAUACCCUUGGGUUCAAAAUACAACCGUUCGUGAUAAUAUUAUUUUUGGUUCAAAAUAUGAAAAAGAAAAAUUUGACCAUGUCAUUAGGAUUUGUGCCUUAACUGAGGAUUUAGAAAACUUUUCUGGAAAAGAUUUAACAGAAAUUGGUGAACUUGGUAUAACAUUAUCAGGUGGUCAGAAGGCUCGUAUUAACCUUGCAAGGGCAAUAUAUAAGACAAGCGACAUAUAUUUAUUUGAUGAUAUCCUAAGUGCUGUGGACUCCCGUGUUGGGAAUUUCAUUAUGGAAAAUUGCUUACUUGGUGCAUUGAGUGGUAAGACAUNNNGAAUUUUAGCCACCCACCAAUUAUCCUUAAUUAAAAAAGCUGAUCGAAUUGUUGUACUAGGUAAUGAUAACUCAUUUGAAAUUGGCCCUUACAAAGAGUUGAUUCAAUCAAAUAAAACGUUUAUUAACUUAAUAGAAUAUUCCUCCCAAAUGGAACUUGAAAAAAUUAAAAAAACGAAAGGUAGUAUUGUUGAACAAGAAAAGUAUAAAGGAUCCAGAAUUAGUGAAUCGAUAUUAGAUACCGAUGCUGAUACUUUAAGAAAAAAGGGUAAGAAUUCAGUAACUGAAGAAAGAGCUUACAAUAAUAUUACAUGGAAUAUUUAUAAAGCAUAUAUUAGAUCGGGAACUGGAAGUUAUUGGUUUUUGAUUAUUCCAUUAUAUAUGUUUUUUGUCGUUGCAACUACUUUUUGUGAUUUAUUUUCUUCCAUUUGGCUAUCUUUUUGGCCUGAGAAUAAAUUUAAUAGCAGAUCUGCUAGCUUUUAUGAAGGCCUUUAUUCUUUAUUCAUAGUACUUUUUUUCAUCUUUUUAGUUUGCCAAUUUUGUGUGUGUUUUUUUGUUGGUUUAAACUCUUCCAAGAAGUUAAAUUUAAGAGCAGUUCACAAAGUUUUACAUACACCAAUGUCAUUUAUUGAAAGUACUCCAAUUGGACGUAUCAUGAACCGGUUUACAAAAGAUACAGAUAAUUUAGAUGGACAAAUUUUAGAUAACGUCAGACUUACUUUUUAUCAUAUGUCUACAAUGUUUGGGAUCUGUAUAAUGUGCAUUGUUUAUUUGCCCUGGUUUGCAAUUGUUAUUCCAUUCUUAAUAUUUACAAUAGUUUUUAUUUUUAAUUUUUACCAGGGCAGUUCAAGAGAGAUUAGAAGAUUAGAAGCAGUCCGACGUUCAUUUAUAUUUAAUAAUAUUAACGACGUUCUGGGUGGUUUAGAUAUCAUAAAAGCUUAUCAAGUUCAGAACCGAUUUAUAUUUAAAUCAGAUUAUCUAAUAAACAAAACGAACGAAGCUAGUUAUUUAUAUACUGGUGUUCAACUUUGGAACAAUAUUUUGGUAAGUAUUAUUGGUGUAUUAUUUGCCUUGAUUAUAUCAUUGCUUUGUGUUACAAAACAAUUUAAAAUAUCAGGUUCAAGCACAGGUGUUCUAUUGACAUACGUAUUACAAAUACCUAACAUUUUAAAUUACUUAUUAGAUACACUUAAAAAAGCAGAAAAUGACAUGAAUAGUGUCGAGAGAUUAGUUACCUAUGCUACAAAUUUGCCACAAGAACGCACUUCUUCCAAGCCUGAAACUUCCCCUGGACAUAUUUGGCCUGAAAAUGGUAAAAUACAAUUCAAAGACGCAAAUUUUAGAUAUAAAGAAGGGCUACCAUUAAUUUUAAAGAAUUUUAAUAUGUUAGUUCAAUCCGGGGAAAAGAUUGGUAUAUGUGGUAGAACAGGGGCAGGUAAAUCAACAAUUAUGAAUUGUUUGUUUCGUUUGGAUGAAUUAACUGAUGGCGCAAUAUAUAUCGAUGAUAUUGAUAUUUCUACCUUAGGUUUACAUGACUUGAGAAAAAAUUUAUCAAUUAUCCCACAAGAUCCUAUUUUAUUUGAAGGUACAAUCAGAAAAAAUUUAGAUCCAUUUAGUUAUUUUGAUGAUGCUACUUUGUGGGAAGCAAUGAUUUUAAGUGGGUUCAUCGAUCGAGAUACUUUCGGACACUUUAGUGAGAAGCCAGUGAACAAUAAAGAAUUAACAAAAUUUCAUUUAACUGCACAUGUUGAAGAGGAUGGCACUAAUUACUCGUUAGGUGAAAAACAACUCUUAGCUUUUACUAGAGCUAUUAUUCAUCAUUCGAAGGUUGUUGUUUUGGAUGAAGCUUCAUCAUCUGUAGACUAUGAAACCGAUGCAAAAAUUCAAACUUUAAUAUCAAAACAAUUUUCACACAAUACUAUUUUAUGUAUUGCGCAUAGACUCAAUACUAUUUUAAAGUAUGACCGUAUUUUAGUUUUAGAUCAUGGUAAUAUAAUUGGCUUUGAAAACCCCAGAGUUUUAUUUGAAAACAAUGAAUUAUUUAGACAAAUGUGUUUCCAAGCUAAUAUUGAAGAAGCUGAUUUUAACUAA